GGUAUAGCUGUGCUCCACAACCUCCUGUCUCUUCAUCUUCUCAUCUCACUAUGAAGGCACUUCUGAGCAUAUGCCUCCUCUUGGCCUUACUUUCUCUGGUGGCAUCUUUGAGAUGUAAAACCUGUUUCAGCUGUGAAAGAACAUGUAGAGAUGAAGAUGUGAGGACUGAGGAGUGUGGACAGGAUCAAGACGUUUGCCUUUCUGUCUCUACUAAUUUAACAAUCUGGCAAUUUCCAUUUGCUUUUACUUACAAGGGAUGUUCCAGAUCUGACGAAUGUAAUGAUGGCUAUUAUAUUGCAAGUGGAGUAGAUGAUAGAUACGGUCAAGUGAAAAGUCGCUGCUGCCAGACAGACGAGUGUAAUGUACAAAACAUGUAUCUGCCAGAUUAUAACAGCCUUAAACUCAACGGGUUCCAAUGCCCAAGCUGUUUCUCAACAAGUUGGGACCAUUGCGACAGCCAGGAGAGAACUGUCCAGUGCCGAGGCACUGAGGAUCAAUGUAUUGAGUUGACUUUUGACCUGAGUCUAUAUGGAUUACCCAAGCAACAUAUUAAUUUCCGCGGCUGUUCAAACAAGGAGUUAUGUUUCAACCCAACUGGAAAGACAAAAUAUGGUAAUGGCCUGCUAGUAUUCGACUAUGACUUCAUAUUGUGUGAAAAAGCCAAGGGAUCAACCAAGCAGCCUGAAACUAAGGAGUAG